AGUGCCUUCCCUUCUGUCUGUCUCUUCUUCUAGUUUUACUUUAACUUAACAUCUUCGUCUAGGCAGAGACAAAGCAAAGCAAAAGCUUAUAUGAGCAAAAAGUUAGAAAUGAUACCCAAUACCAUCCAAGACGCAAAAGCAAAGCACCCAAAAAAGUAGAAUAAACCCAUCGAUCCAAAAUAACCAUAUAUUUUGAUUUUUUUCAUAUAUGCUUUCCUAACAAAUCGAAACUCACCGCCUGAACACACAAAAUCUUCGCGUCUUUUCUUCACUAUGGGACUCUGUUUUAGCAAAUCCUGUUCCCGUAAUAUUCUUAUCUCUUCCUCAGACUCACCUUCUCAUACUCCGCCAAGAAGACCAACAACAACCCAAGACCGAUAUUACCCACCACAGCCACCACCUCCGGUUCGGCCUAGAACGACUCCCUCUUCCACAUCUUUAGCUUCAAACAUUGGCCCUGUUCUUGGAAAACCUUAUGUUGAUAUAACCGCACUCUAUGAUCUUGAUAAAGAAUUGGGCAGAGGCCAAUUUGGGAUCACUUAUCUUUGCACAGAAAAGGCAACUGGAUUAAAGUACGCUUGCAAGUCUAUUUCCAGGAUUAAGUUAGUGAAUGACAAAGAUAUUGAGGAUGUUAGGAGAGAGAUUCUGAUAAUGCAACACCUUUCGGGACAACCCAAUAUUGUUGAAUUUAAAGGUGCUUAUGAAGAUAGGCAAACUCUGCAUUUGGUAAUGGAGCUCUGCUCUGGUGGAGAGCUUUUUGAUCGGAUUAUAGCCAGAGGAAGCUAUACGGAGCGUGAAGCGGCCUCGAUUAUGAGGCAGAUUGUGAAUGUGGUUCAUGCGUGUCAUUUUAUGGGGGUGAUGCACAGAGACUUGAAGCCUGAGAACUUUUUGCUUGUUAGUAAAGAAGAGAAGUCUCCAUUAAAAGCUACUGAUUUCGGACUCUCUGUUUUCAUCGAACAAGGUAAAAUUUACAGAGACAUUGUUGGAAGUGCAUACUAUGUUGCUCCAGAGGUGUUGAAUAGGAAUUAUGGGAAGGAGAUUGAUGUGUGGAGUGCUGGUGUCAUUUUAUACAUUCUUCUAAGCGGAGCGCCUCCAUUUUGGGGAGAAAAUGAGAAGGGAAUAUUUGAAGCAGUUGCAAAAGGCCAACUUGACUUACAAAGCUCACCAUGGCCUAAAAUUUCAUCUUCUGCUAAGGACCUGAUCAAGAAAAUGUUAACAAGAGACCCCAAGAAACGAAUUACCGCUGCCCAAGCACUUGAACAUCCGUGGCUAAAGGUGGAUGGCGAAGCGUCUGACAGGCCGAUCGACAGUGCUGUCCAAAGUAGGCUAAAGCAGUUUAGAGCAAUGAACAAAUUAAAGAAGCUUGCAUUAAAGGUAAUAGCAGAAAACCUUUCAGAAGAAGAAAUACAAGGCUUAAAGCAGAUGUUUAACAACAUAGACAUAGAUAGAAGUGGUACCAUCACAUACGAAGAACUCAAAGCUGGAUUGGCAAGAUUAGGAUCCAAGCUUACUGAAGCAGAAAUAAAGCAGUUGAUGGAUGCUGCUGAUGUCGACAACAGCGGCACUAUUGAUUAUGUCGAAUUCAUUGCAGCGACAAUGCAUCGACAUAAACUGGAGAAGGAAGAACACUUGUACAGGGCUUUCCAGUACUUUGACAAGGAUAAUAGUGGGUUUAUCACAAGAGAUGAACUGAGAGAGGCCAUGGCUCAAUAUGGAAUGGGAGAUGAAGCAACAAUUGAUGAAAUCAUUGAUGAUGUUGAUACUAAUAAAGAUGGACUAAUCAACUAUGAGGAGUUUGUGGAAAUGAUGAGAAAGGGAACACAAGGUAUUUAAUGGAGGGAAAUUGAGAUAAAUUAUGUAAAUUUGAAAAAAUCACAUUUCGUAAUUAUAUCGAUCAAUCAAAUAAAAUUUGUUUCUUCUGUCUUCUA